GUCGACCUCAACCUCAUUCCUUUCAUUCCUUUCACUUCAACAGUCAGCAUGUCUGCUGAGGAUAUAUUCGAUGGUGCGAUCGGUAUCGAUCUUGGUACAACUUACUCCUGUGUCGGAGUGUGGCAGAAUGAUCGGGUGGAGAUCAUCGCCAACGACCAGGGUAACAGGACAACCCCGUCUUACGUUGCAUUCAACGAGAACGAGCGUUUGAUCGGUGAUGCCGCAAAAAACCAGAGUGCCAUGAAUCCGCAUAACACUGUUUUCGACGCAAAGCGUCUCAUUGGCAGGAGAUUUGAUGAUCCCGAGGUCAAGAAGGACACGCAGCACUGGCCCUUCAAAGUGGUGGACAAGGAUGGUUCCCCUUUCAUUGAGGUUCAGUAUCUCGGUGAGGUGAAAACUUUCUCCCCCCAGGAGAUCUCGUCCAUGGUGCUGCUCAAAAUGAAGGAGACGGCCGAAGCCAAGCUUGGCAAGACCGUUAAGAAGGCUGUCAUUACCGUUCCUGCUUACUUCAAUGAUUCUCAACGUUUGGCUACCAAAGACGCUGGUACCAUUUCCGGCCUCGACGUUCUCCGUAUCAUCAACGAGCCCACCGCCGCUGCCAUCGCGUACGGCCUGGACCAAAAGUCCAAGGAGGAGAAGAACGUGCUCAUCUUCGAUCUUGGUGGUGGAACUUUCGAUGUCUCCCUGCUGAACAUUACCGGUGGCGUUUUCGCGGUCAAGGCUACUGCCGGCGACACACAUCUCGGUGGUGAGGAUUUCGACAAUGCCUUGCUGGAGCAUUUCAAGGCCGAGUUUAAGCGCAAGACGAAGCUCGACAUUUCUGACGAUGCCCGUGCACUCCGUCGGUUACGUUCCGCGUGCGAACGUGCCAAGCGCACCCUCUCCAGCGUCACCCAGACUACCGUCGAAGUUGACUCGCUUUACCAAGGCGAGGACUUCUCUGCUAACAUCACCCGUGCCCGGUUUGAGGAGAUCAACGCUGUGACGUUCAAGAGCACAAUUGACCCCGUAGACAAGGUGCUCAAGGAUGCCAAGAUGUCCCGCGAGCGCGUCCACGACAUUGUCCUCGUUGGCGGCUCCACUCGUAUUCCCAAGAUCCAAGCCCUUGUUUCCGAGUACUUCGGCGGACGCCAGCUCAACAAGUCCAUCAACCCCGAUGAGGCGGUUGCGUAUGGUGCCGCUGUCCAGGCUGCUGUCCUCACAGGUCAGACCAGCGACAAGACCGCCGACCUGCUCCUGCUCGAUGUUGCCCCUCUUUCCCUCGGUGUAGCCAUGCAAGGUGAUGUUUUCGGUGUCGUCGUGCCGCGCAAUACGCCCAUCCCGACCAACAAAUCGCGGACGUUCACCACGGUCGAGGACAACCAGACCACCGUCACUUUCCCCGUGUACGAGGGUGAACGGACACAGUGCCGUGAUAACAGGCUCCUGGGUGAGUUCGAACUCACUGGCAUCCCGCCCAUGCCACGCGGUCAGGCCGAACUGGUUACCACCUUCGAAGUGGACGCAAACGGCUUGCUUAAAGUCACUGCCAUGGACCGUGCCUCCGGCCGUAAGGCGUCGAUCAGCAUCACCAACUCUGUUGGCCGUCUCUCGUCCGCUGAGAUCGACCAGAUGAUCAAGGAUGCCGAGCAGUUCAAGCAGGCAGACAAGGACUUCUCCGCACGGCAUGAGGCCAAGUCCGAUCUUGAGGCGUACAUUCACCAGGUCGAACAGACCAUCACCUCGCCCGAGAUUGGCAUGAAGAUCAAGCGCGGAGCUAAGGGGCAGGUCGAGUCCGAGCUGGCAAAGGCGCUCGAGAAGCUCGAGCUCGAGGACUCCACGGCAGAGGAACUCAAGAAGGCACAACUUGGCGUCAGGCGGGCGCUCCAGAAGGCCACUGCUGGUAUCCGGUAAACGGGCAGCACGGCGCAGGCUUGUCUAGACAGCGGAAGGCUGAAGUUGGGGUAGCGAGCAUUUCUUUUUCCGCAAAAUGAUCUUGCAUGUGCAUUAUGUGUGCCAUGUUAUGUGAUAGGUCCCUGCUUCCAUUACGCACCGUUCUGUUCGAGAUCCAAUGCAUGAUGUGAAUAUCC